CCUACCCUAUGGCCCUCUAUUUAUUCGAAGAAACCGCCUUACGUCCCGUCCACCAUAUUUCUCUUCCUGUCUCGGCGCUUCAAUUGAUUCACUGUCAGUCAGUGCAUAUAUUCAUGGAGGAUCUGUCGGAAUCGCCUGCCAAAUACAUACACACGGUGCAGCACUUAAUUGAAGAGUGCAUAAUCUUCGAUUUGAGCAGAGAGGAGUGCAUGGAAGCUCUCUCUAAGCAUGCCAAUAUCCUCCCCUUCAUCACCUCCACAGUGUGGAAAGGGCUGGAGAAAGAGAACAAGGAAUUCUUCGAGGCGUACGAUAGAAGACGACAGGAAAAAGCUACCUUCCACAAGUGACGGACGGGACAAAUCCUCCCCACCAUCGUAUGCAGUGAAGGCUGCUGCAACUAUCGCCGUCCGAUUCUAAGAUAACACGUGGCUUCAUCGCGUUAACCUUCACGGUGGUCAUGCAUGUACCGUAAUACCCUCCCUUUCUUUAUUAAAAUAUAAUAUAAAAUUACGGUUUGUUUGUUGCGAUCACGUCGCAGGGUUUGUUAGUAAAUAACUGUAUUUCUAACUUAAAGAUUCUCAAAUUAGUUAUACCAUGCCGAAAAUACAAAGGCCCAAAACAGAGGCCCAGGCCCAGAUAAGACUAACUUGUUAUAUAGAGUGCUUAACUGCUAAUAACAAAUUCAUAACUUGCGACUUUAGUAUAAAAAGGAAGAAACCGUAGGGAACUUCACCGGACGGUUCAAAAACCUCAAGGCUUUGUUCAUCGUUAUCUUCAGGGUUUAGAUUGUUCAUUUCUUCUCAACUGACUGAAACCUUUCGAAAUCACUGCCGCCAUGUUUUCUCUGAGCAUUUCCGCUGCUACUCCCGCCGCCGGCCGUUCAUCGGCGGUUCCUCCGCUCGUUUCUCGACGUCUAUAUCUCGGUGAGCCGUUAUCUUCGCUCGCCUUCGGUCCGUCUCGUCGACCGCUGGCUCUGUCGUCACCGAUUAGAGCUUCUUCGCAGAAGCCAAUCGAUGGAGGUCUGGGGAAAUCGUUUAAUUUCCAGAAAUUUCAAGUUUCCGACGAGAAUUCACCUCCUGAAACGCCGGCGAAUCCAUUUGUCGGCGUUCUGAAAGCUGGCCUGGUCACCACCAUCGCUGCCGCCGCACUUACUUUUGCUAGGUUUUGUCUUCCUAUUAAACCUGCACUCGCCGAUGCAACAUAUGGCUCUCCUUCUGUUGGAACUACAGCUCACUUGUCAAUUUCGGAGAAAGACAAGGAGAGACUUCUCCGAGAUCAACUGGCUUCCAAUCCUUACGACGUGGAUGGACUGCAGCAACUGGUGGAAGUCAAAGUGAAGUCCGGACAGAUCGGUGAAGCUAUUGUGAUUCUCAACAAGCUAAUCGAACUCGAGCCGAGGGAAACUCAAUGGCUGUUGAUGAGAUCGCAUUUACGCGCUCACAGAGGGGAGACUUCGUUAGCGAGACAAGGAUUCCACCAGUUACUAGAAAUGGAUCCUUAUUGCGUGGAGGGUUACCAUGGAUUAAUGAUAAUUGCUUCUCAGAAUGUUGAAUCUCCUGAAGAGUUGGUCAAGGUUGAGAAACAAGCUUUGGCGGCUAAAAACUUGUGUAAGAAGGAGAAUAAGAAGGGUUUAGUUAGGGAUUUUUUGCUGCUUCUGGCUCAGAUUAGGGUUCUUCAGGGAAAGCCUGAGGAGUCAUUGAAGAUUUAUCAGGAUUUAGUGAGGGAAGAGCCGACGGAUUUCAGGCCUUAUAUCUGCCAGGGUAUAGUCUACACUAUAUUGGGCAUGGAAGAUGAGGCUGAACAGAAUUUUCAGAAGUAUAAGAGAUUGCUUCCCAAGGGGCAUCCCUGUGCAGCCUAUUUUAAUGACAAUGUGCUUGCGAGCAAACUUUACGCCAAAAAGAUGCAUGAAGUAGCGGAAGAGGACAGAGCUAUUCCAGUGGUGCAGACUAACAAACUUUAUGGCCGAAGGAUGCAGGAAGCGAGGGAGAAUGAGACAGCUAUGCCGGCGAUGCCCCCUCAGAUGGCUAUGUACACUUGAUCCAGGGCAAGAUUUUUAGAAUAAGGGUUAGAGAGUUCUGGCUGAUCUGCAAGAGGGCAACCAAAUCUUUCAGUAGAUAACAAAUCUUCUGUUGCUGGGAUUGACCUGGCUGCAUUUCCGGCAAUCCUUCCAUGUUUUUUUUUUAGUAGACUACAAAUGCAAAUUGUUAGAAACUGAAAAUUCUAGUUGAUAUAACUCAAGAAGUGCCCCACAAUUUGCAUA